AUGACGCCCAUUCGGAAGACCGAUGGCCCCUUCAUCCCAGAUGACCCCACGUUGGCCAGCGCUGUCGACGACGAGGACGAGCGCGCGCAGGCAUUCACACAGACGGUCCUGAAGAACGCCGUUUGCAACGCCAUCGCCAAGGGCCCCUCGCAGGAGUCUUUCGUGCGCGGCGUCAUCCAAGGCUUGGCCAAGGAGUUCGAGCAGAUUGACUUGCUCGACGUCGGGGGGGUUCUCGCGGGGCUUAUCACGGACAUCCAGGACGUGAGCCGCGUGUGGGCCACUGCCAUGAGCGAUGAGCCCAUCGCCGACGUAAGUGAGGAUGCUUACGGCUCCAUCUCCCGCUUCGUGAAGGCGAUGAGUUCCUCGGGCUCGUCGGUUUUGCACUUCGUAGGGGCGGUGACGAAGAGGACGCCGUUCUGGUCUCGCAGGGUCGAGGCGUUCAGCAACAAAGUGCCGUUCUUGCGGGAGAACUUGCAGGCGUUCCGCAUUGCUCACGGGACUGAGACUGACGACGCCGUGAUUGACCUCGCCGUUUUGCGCGACUACUGCGGCAAGUGCGUGACGUGGAGGCUCGGCUUCCCAGCUGGCAUGACCAACGACUUCGAGUCGUUGCUGAAGGAGCUCAUCUGCUCGAUCUGCCUGAACUUGACGAGCGACGCCUCCCCGCAUUUGGUCGCCGCAGACAGGGUGAAGCAGGUUUCGAAUUUGGCCCAGGAGGCGUCUUUGUCCUUCGCCCUGGACGCUAAUGUCAACGCAGCGAGCUCGCAUGUGGCCACGUUUUUGGGCAACCUGGAGGCGGCGACCAGCCAGGAGAACUUGACGAACGCGUGUAAGGACCUGCUUCAGUCGGCCGACCCUGGUGCUGUUGUAAACGACCCGACGUUCAAGGACAACUCGUUGGAGAGUGUGCGGAAGCUGCUCAGGAUCUGCCAGAACUACCAGUCGGGGAAGCUGAAGAAGACUGGUAACCCUGACUGGCCGUUCGUCGAGGCUGCCAUGUUGGGUCUCGUGGUCGAGCUGGCCACGGAUUCCGCGGGCGAGCACUCGCCCGAGUACUUGCUAUGCCUGGAGAAGCUGCACGCUGCUCAGGGGAACAGUGACGCCGCCAUCCAGACGUGCAUCAACGUGAUUAAAGCUGGCGUCGAGUUGGGCUCAGCGCUGGCCGCCGCCGAGACGUUCAGCAAGACGGAGGGCUUCGUCGCCACGGCUGCCUGGGCAGAGCACUCGCGCGUGUUGGAGCUGCGCGUGAAGCAGGCGAAGGCCUUGGUCCCGAAAGGCGGGCCAUACCCCGCGGGGCUGCCGAUGGCGUACCUCGAUAACAUCGUCAAGCUGGUCGACACUGCGGACGCCUUGAUCUCCAGCAGCGGUGCGGCUAACAGGGACAUGUCGAAGGCGGCGCUCGUCCAGGUGUUCGCCGAGCUCCAGCAGAUCAGCGACGGCACCGCGAACGGCAAGCACUGGAGCGAAGGGCUGCCCAAGGACGCUGACAUGAAGAAAAUCAUUUCCCACGUGAAGGGUGUCACCAAGGGCGUCAGCUUCGCUGCGAUUAAGACCAAGGUCGACGACGUGGAGCGCUCCUUGGGCGCCUACAAGAAAGCGCGCGGCUUCAUGUCGGAGCCCGCCGACGACGCCCUCAUUCAUGAUAUCCAGAAGGAGUGCUUCAAGGCCCGCACCACCGUCACGGAGAACCUAGUCGCCAUGCAUUGCGACGUCAAUGCCAACGAUCCUGAUGCGAUGCGGGUUGCAGUGGUCAGCGAGAUGAAAGCGUUCAGGGCCUACCAGGGCGCUGCCAAGGAUAUGAACUUGACCUUGGCCCUUGCGCUGAAGAGCGUCAUCGCCAACAGGUCAUAG